GGUGAGCGCCGCCGCUUCAGUGCUUCUCGACGGCACGGCUUCAGAUCCGACUGGAGCCGAGGUCUCUCCUUCCCUACCCGGGCGGACGCUGCUUCGUCGCCCCAACCGGCUUCCUUUGGCCCCUACCCCUCAACGGCGAGAGAUCUAGGCUAGCUUUCUCCGCCACCAGCCCUGACACCAGGAGCAUUUAUUCGCGGGGCGGCAGGCGGAGCGGCGUGGGUGCCCGAGCCUCGAGAGUCGGCUGCUAAAGCGCCGCGGAGCGGGAACGGGCCGUGAGCGGGCGCAGCAGGGAUCUCACCUCCCUCGGGGGACUCGCCUACACUCGGGUCGGGAGAGCUCAAAUCUCCUCCCCCGAAAUUCCCCGGAAGCGCGGCUCGGCAGAGGCGAGCGCGGCGAUGUGAGGGAGGAGGCUAAGGGCUCCCGCUUCAGGAAGGGCAUGUUCGGAGGGGCGGCCGCGGUGCGCUGCCCGCCCCACCGCCCCCACCCCACCGCCGCAGCUGCUGUUCCCGCACCGCGAUAAAAGGGGCGGCCGCACUUCCUGGCGAGAGACCCGCGCUCGCCGGCUCCCGCCCAGGCGGCGAUGACAGGGCGCUCGCGGCAGCCGCGAGGCACCGGGCCGGCCGUUUACUGACCGUUUCGCGGCUACCCGCCAGCGUGUCGGAGACGCCGCCUCCAGCAUGGGCUGUGCCCAGAGCAUCCACGCUUCCGAGAGCCGGGUUGUGUACCACGGCGGCAACGAGGCCGAGGACGCGCCGGGCCCCGCGGCGCCGCCGUUGCAGCCCGGCGGGCCGCGCCUCCCACCCGGCCAGACGACGGCUGCCUCGGCCCGGUCCUGUGGCUCCAGCCUCGUGGAGUCCGAGCCAAGCAGCGGCAGCGGCAGCAGCAUCGGCAACGCGGUAGCAGUAGCUGAUAUACAGUUUGGCCCCAUGAGAUUUCAUCCAGAUCAGCUCCAGGUACUUUUAGUGUUUCCCAAAGAAGAUAAGCAGUGUAAUGGAUUCUGUAGGGCAUGUGAAAAAGCAGGGUUUAAGUGUACAGUUAUCAAGGAGGCUCAGACGGCCUUUGCCUGUUUCCUGGACAAACAUCAUGACAUCAUCAUCAUUGACCACAGAAAUCCCCAACAGCUGGACGGGGAGGUGCUGUGCAGGUCUAUCAGAUCAUCAGAACUCUCAGAAAACACAGUUAUUGUUGGUGUAGUACGCAGGGCGGUUAGAGAAGAGUCAUCUGUAAUGUCCCUCAUUGAGGCUGGCUUUACAAGGAGGUAUGUAGAAAACCCCAGCGCCAUGGCCUGUUACAAUGAACUGCUCCAGAUGGAGUUUGGAUUGGUGCGCCCACAGCUGAAACUCAGGGCUUGUAACUCAACGUUCACUGCAUUAGAGAAAAGUCAAGAAGCAAUUGAAAUUACAAGUGAAGACCACAUUGUACAGUAUGCAAAUCCAGCAUUUGAAACAACAAUGGGCUAUGAGUCAGGUGAAUUAAUAGGGAAGGAUUUAGCAGAAGUGCCUGUAAAUGAAAAAAAGGCUGAUUUGCUCGAUACUAUAAAUUCAUGCAUCAGGAUAGGCAAGGAAUGGCAAGGAAUUUGCUCUGCCAAAGAGAAGAACGGAGAUAAUGUACAACAAAAUGUGAAGAUACUACCUGUCAUCGGGCAGGGGGGAAAAAUUAGACACUAUGUGUCCAUUGUCAGAGCAUGCAAUGGCAACAAUAAGGCUACGAAAAUAGCUGAAUGUGUUCAGUCUGACACUCAUACAGAUCAUCAGUCAGGCAAACAUAACGACAGGAGGAAAAGCUCACUAGAUGUCAGAACUGCUGCCUCUCGAACAAGCAAAGUUUCCAGCCAGAGACGACGCUCCUCCACGGCCCGGAUACAUUCCAUGAAGAUCGAGGCGCCCAUCACCAAGGCAAUCAAUAUCAUCAGUGCUGCCCAGGAAAGCAGUCCCAUGCCUGUGACAGAAGCCUUAGAUCGUGUGCUGGAAAUUCUAAGAACCACUGAAUUAUAUUCACCACAAUUCGAUGCUAAGGACGAUGAUCCUCAUGCCAUCGACCUUGUUGGGGGCUUAAUGUCUGACGUUUUUCGAAGACCAUCCAGGAAUGAGUAUGUUCUUUCAACAAAAAACCUUCAGCAGGCUUCCAGCAGUGUGAUCACCCCCACCUCCCUUCACGACAUCCCAUCACAGAUAACUCAGGCCAUGGAAAAUGAGGAAUCCUGGGACUUUGAUAUUUUUGAACUGGAGGCUGCCACUCAUAAAAGGCCUUUGAUUUAUCUUGGUCUCAAAAUAUUUGCUCGCUUUGGAGUCUGUGAAGUCUUAAGAUGCUCUGAGACAACGCUGAGAUCCUGGCUGCAAAUUAUCGAAGCCAAUUAUCAUGCUUCUAACCCCUACCACAAUUCUACACAUUCUGCCGACGUGCUUCACGCCACUGCCUAUUUUCUCUGCAAGGAGAGGAUAAAGCAAACUUUAGAUCCACUUGAUGAGGUCACUGCCCUCAUUGCAGCCACUGUCCAUGACCUGGACCACCCCGGGAGAACAAACUCCUUCCUGUGCAAUGCUGGGAGUGAGCUGGCCAUUCUGUAUAACGACACUGCUGUGCUCGAGAGACACCACGCGGCCUUGGCCUUCCAGCUGACCACUGGUGAUGAUAAAUGCAACAUCUUUAAAAACAUGGAGAGGAAUGACUACCGGAUGCUGCGCCAGAGUAUUAUCGACAUGGUCUUAGCCACAGAAAUGACAAAGCACUUUGAGCACGUCAACAAAUUUGUCAACAGCAUCAACAAGCCCUUGGCAGCAUUAGAGGAAGAUGGGGAAACUGAUAAAAAUCAAGAAGCCAUAAUCACUAUGCUCAGAACUCCAGACAACCGCAGUUUGAUCAAACGAAUGCUGAUUAAGUGUGCUGAUGUGUCCAAUCCCUGCCGACCCCUGGAACAGUGCAUUGAGUGGGCCGCACGUAUCUCAGAAGAAUAUUUUUCUCAGACUGAUGAAGAGAAGCGACAGGACUUGCCUGUGGUGAUGCCAGUUUUUGACAGAAAUACCUGCAGCAUCCCCAAAUCUCAAAUCUCUUUCAUUGACUACUUCAUCACAGACAUGUUUGCUGCUUGGGACGCCUUUGUAGACCUGCCUGAGUUAAUGCAGCAUCUUGACAACAAUUUUAAAUACUGGAAGGGACUGGACGAAAUGAAGCUGCGGAGCCUCCGCCCACCUCCUGAAUAGUGGGCAGCACUGCCUGGGGCCCUGACGCUGUGUCCCUCCAGUCACUUGGGAUUCCUGAGGGCAGUCAGAUUUCCUUGGUCCUUUCGUCCCCCGGUCUGCAGAGCCUGUAAGAGCACACAGGGACGUCGGCAACCUUCUGUAGCCACCAUCUGAUGCCAUUGCCAUAAAGUGAGACUUAGUCCACUCAAGGUACCUGGGCCUGCUGCGGGGGGGCUUCAGAAAGUCACGUGAGAACCAUGGUUUGCAUUCACGUCCGUGAAAACAUGAGCUCGGGACUGCCCCCGCGAGGGACGGUGAUGGAUUUCCUGCCAGUGACAGAGAGUGUCUUGUUGCAGUUUCUCUGUUAUGUUCAGCACUUAAGAACAAUCGGAUGGCAAUGGCAAUCGGAUUUUUUCACAUCGUAGAAGGUGCAAUGACUUCUCUUUUAAAAUUGAACAGAAAAUGCAAAGAAAUUUUGAAGUUAUUAAUAUCAAUUAUUAAAAUGUUUUAUUUAUUUUAUUAGAAGUUCAAUAUUUUCUAUGAAUUUAAAAAUACUUCAAAGCCAAAGCCAACUUUUAAAUGCCAUAACCAAAUUUACAUGAUUCAUAUUCAUUAAAUAUGUAUUACUUUGUGUACAGACUUAUUUUCAUAAUGCAAAUUUAAAAUACAAAAUGACACAUUUUUACUGCACUAUAGAAAUAUUUGUGUAUGUUAAACUUUCCUGAUUGAUGCUAAUUGGGAAAAGCUGUUUUGUGGGUGGGUCUGAUUCUAGAAGCACUCAAGGAGAAGGGCUCCUGUACAGCAACCAGAGCUCAGAAACUGCUCUAGUUGUCUGACGGGCUCUGCAGGUGACUCCCCAAAGUGGAAGAAACUAGGACUUCACACUUUUUUCCUAAAAUUUUAUAAUUGAAUUUCCAAAAGUCUGCCUUAUUUUAUACAGUGUUUCUAUGAAAUAUUCUCCAUAAAAACAGAGAAAAUGCAGUAUUUAGUGAAUUGACAUUUUAUAACCAAUCUGUUUUCAUCUGCAUUUUGCUUCCUGAAAUGUAUAAAGGUUCUGUGUCUUCACAUUUUGAACAAAAGUAGUACCAUAAAAAAUGACACGUGAUGACAUGUCAAAGCGCUUGCUCUUUCCUUUUAAACUUGUUUUGUUCCAGAUAAAAGUGAAAUUAAACUAUUUGUUUUUAAGACAAAA